UAUAGAAAUCUUGAGGGGUAUAGCUUAACUGGUCAGGCUCUAGGUUUGCUCCUUAGAGGUUACCAGUUCGAGUCUCACAAACCUCAGGGCCAUUGGAGACUUACAUGGUCGUUAACUUCAGGGCCCGUGGGAUUAGUAGAGGUGCGCGCAAGCUGGCCCGGACACCCAUGUUAAUAAAAAAAAAUACUAUACUUAUAGAGACAAGGCUAAAUAAAUAUCAAAAUUAUGAUCCAUCUUCAAGAACAUGGAUCUCCAAAGGUUAAAAACUUCGCAAUUGAGUUCUUCCAUCCACAUUUUCUAAUAGAUUUCAUCAAGAAUGAACAUUCUAUGCAAUGAAAACGAUAUCAUUAAGGAUGACUAUCGUUGAAUAGGUUAUCUAUCCAAAUUUCUGAAUUUUUUCUGUGUUUUGAAGAUGCAAAAUUCCACUAGUGCAAGGCAGAAACUUAUUAGUAGCAGUAAAUGGUAGUCACAUAUUCAAACCUUUGGGAAGUUUAGUGCUUUAACAUCAUAUUGAUAUUCAGAUUUCCUUCUUUAAGUGUCCAGAAAGCAAUGCCCAUUGUCUAUCAAGAAAAGAAAAGUGGGGAAAAGCAACUAAUUUAAAGUCUCUUCUUUCUUGCAGCAUCUCUUUCUUACUAUUUAGCAUCUCUUCGUUGCUUUGUACCCAUGGCAGUUUUUUCAAGGGUUCAUCGAGAGAACUAGUUUCCACAGUUGAGGAAAAGAUGACAAUGCUUAAAAAAUUGCCUGAAGAAGUCUUAAAUUUAUGGAACAAUUGGGAGAUUCGAGGGAUGGUUUUGCUUAGUCUCUUACUACAAACCAUCCUCAUCGUAUUUGGUCCUCGGCGAAAGACCAUUGGAAGAAUCUGGAUCAGGAUUCUCGUUUGGUCUGCGUACCUAUCAGCAGACAUGGUGGCAACUGUUGCACUGGGUAAUCUAGCCAGGAGCCAAGGAGAUUCAUCAGGUGACAGUUCAGAGAAAGCAAACAAUUCCAUCCAGACAUUUUGGGCACCUUUUCUACUCCUGCACCUUGGUGGCCCAGACACAAUCACUGCAUACUCGAUUGAAGAUAACGAGUUGUGGUUAAGGCAUUUACUUGGUCUCGUAGUUCAAGUCGGAGUGGCUCUUUAUGUCUUCUCAAGGUCUUGGCCUAGCGGUAUCCUCACAUUCAUAGCGAUCCCAAUGUUCAUUGCUGGCGUUGUAAAGUACGCAGAGAGGACUUGGGUGCUCUGGUCUUCAUGCUCCAAGAGUUUGAAAAACUCCUCUCUCUCAGAUUUUUGGCGUCGUUCUAUUGAUCUGAGAAUAACAGAAAUAGCUGGGAACCAAGAUGAUCUACAGAGAGAAUAUCUUCGUCAAGCUUGUACUUUUUUUUAUAUAUCCAAGUAUAUGAUGCAGGAUCUUGUCACUAGCACUAUAGAUCUAAUGCUGAGCCAGUUGCUGAUUUCUAGAAUCUCAGUAGACGGUGCCUUCAAGGUGGUAGAGGUUGAGCUUGGAUUGAUAUCUGAUAUGCUUUAUACUAAAGCGCCUCUGAUUUACUCCCGUGCCGGAAUCGUUCUUCGCUCGAUCAGCUUUCUGCUCUCUGUUUCUGCUUUUAUUGCUUUCCUCAAGAUUGGCAAGCAUGCCUACUCAAUGACCGACAUUACAAUCACGUAUUUAUUGUUUGGGGCCGCAGUUUUUCUCGAGUUGUAUGCUUUUUUAUGCCUUGUUUUGUCUGACUGGACAAUGAUUUGGUUGAUUGAUAAAGGAGGGAACGCCCUGACUACUGCAAUUUAUUCUCAGCUAAGGAAGUUAACUAGAAGCGAGAGGUGGUCGAGAUCCAUAUCACAGUAUAACCUGAUAAGCUCUUCCUUUGAAAGCGAGCCACCUAAAUGCUUGGAAUUGCUGGGAAUCGAUGAAAUGAUGAGGCAAAUGCAUGUGAAUCGGAAAGAUUUGAAUGUUGGACUACAAGGUCUUAUUUUCGGACAUCUUCUAAAGAAAGCUGAGAAGAUUAAGGAGGAUUUGAAUGUCUGUGAUAAAAAUGUCAGAAGUAAAAUAAUUGGUCAGAGGGGAGAUGGUGUGCUAGAAAGAGAGGGAGUGUUACGGGACUUCAAGUGGUGCACGACUGAAGUAGAAUUCAGUCGGAGCAUUCUUGUCUGGCAUCUCGCAACAGAGAUUUGUUAUCGUGCUGAUAAAGAUGAAAGCAAUGUCUCCAAAGAAUAUGAAACAAGCAGAUCCCUAUCUGAAUACAUGAUGUAUCUUUUGGUGAUGAGACCAAAUAUGCUCUCUAAAGGAUUCGGUGAUGAGGGAUAUCUAGAAACCUUGCGAGAAUUGCGGGGUCUAAAAGAUCGUGGUCCUGGUGAUGAGGGAUAUCAGCGUAUCUUGCGAGAAUUGCGCAACAGUGAAUCACCAGGAUGGAAUCGUUAUGAUGAUGGAUUGUUUCAACGUUACUGGAAAACAGAAAAGCCAGUGACACGUGGUGUAUAUGUGCUCGCCAGGCAAUUGCUUUUAUUGGAAUCCAAGAAGCGAUGGGAGACGAUAAAUGAAGUUUGGGUAGAAAUGGUUGCAUAUGCAGCAGCUCAGUGUCCAUGGAAAGAACAUACUCAACAACUGAGAAGAGGUGGAGAGUUACUCACUCAUGUCUCCCUUCUCAUGCUACAUCUUGGCUUGAGCGAACAGUACGAAUAUAAAAGAUUAGGCGAGCUCAUUUCUUAUUUGAAAGAGGAGGAGAAAGAAGAAUAUUUCAACGCUAGAGACAAAUAUAUGGAAGGUGCAGCCAUGUCAGGGUCGAAUCUUGGUGAGGAGUUGGAAGAACUUAAAAAGAUUGUAGCAGAUACAAAGCGAGAGCUUGAGCAACUGAGAUCUUCUUUAACUGCAUCAACUCCACAACAAGGAAUUGAUUCAUUUCCAAGGAGUUUGCCAGCACAAACUGAUGGUCAAGGGAUUGGUCAACCACCAUCAAAUAAUGAUAUCAGUUUAAGCAUGGAAUAAAAAGUAGUAGCUUUUAUUAUGCUUUGUCCAUAAUUAUUUAAGUGAAUAAACUUAAAUAAGUUCCUACUAGUAACAGUACUAUUGGGCUUCAUUUUGCAUGCAUGUAUUGAAAAAAUUACGAAGUUUCUAUGAGUUCACAAAAUUAUGAUAUUUAAUAUAUCAAUUUAAGAACAUGUAAACAACGAUCAAUUUGUUCUUAAGUACUGGUUGCUGGCAUGAGUCGUCAA